CUCAAUUUACCACUCCACUAUUAAAGAAGUGUCAGCUUUGCUCUUAAAAGCUCGUCUCUCAGUCUGCUGCGAAAAGCGAACAGUUGAAUCUCCGAGCAUGGCUCUUCCACAAGGCAAAUGGAUCAAGCUGGAGCAAAAUGGGGCAGGGCCUGGUGCAAGAAGCUCUCACGCCGUUGCUGUUGUUGGGAACAAGGCGUAUGCAUUCGGGGGUGAGUUCUCGCCCCGAGUCCCCGUGGACAACCACCUCUACGUGUUCGAUCUCACUACCCGGACAUGGAAGGUGGCCGAUGCCAAGGGCGACAUCCCUCCCCCUCGCGUUGGCGUGACAAUGGCCUCCAUUGCUGAGACCAUCUACUUCUUCGGAGGUAGGGACGCCACACAUAAGGAGCUAAACGAGUUCUACUCCUUCGACACAGCCACGGACACGUGGACCCUCCUCUUGUCCGGCCCCCCUCACCGGAGCUACCACUCGAUGACGGCUGAUGGGAGACGCGUGUACGUUUUUGGAGGGUGCGGGGAUGCGGGAAGGCUUAACGAUCUGUGGGCCUACGAUGUUGUGGAUAGGAAGUGGAUCGGGUUUCCCCUACCCAGGGAGAAGUGCAAGCCGAGGGGCGGCCCGGGGCUGGCUUCGGUUCAAGGAAAGAUUUGGGUUGUGUAUGGGUUCUCUGGCGAGGAGCUGGACGAUGUUCACUGCUUCGACCCAAGAGCAGGGAGAUGGAGCUGCGUGGAGACGUCGGGCGAGAAACCGACUCCUCGGAGCAUGUUUUCAAGUGUAGGUAUAGGGAAGUAUAUCUUCAUUCAUGGUGGAGAGAUUGAUCCAAGUGAUUUAGGUCAUCUUGGAGCAGGUAAGUUCUCCAAAGAUGUGUAUGCUUUGGACACUGAGACAAAGGAAUGGAAGCGUUGGGACAGCGACGAGCCGGGUUUGGCUCCCGGGGAGCGAGGUUGGUGUGCCUAUUCCGGUGGCUGGUGCGAUGGGCGCCCUGGGUUGCUGGUGUACGGUGGCAAUUCGCCAAGCAACGACCGGCUUGACGAUAUCUUCUUCUUCACUCCUAGCAUUUGAUGGGACCCUAAACCCAUGGUUCUUGUAAUUAGAUUUCUUAAUUUCACUGUGUGGUGUGUGAAAAUUUGGUAGGAUUAGAUGAUGACUGGUUGUUUUGAGGGAUCCUUUUGUUCGUAUUUGCUAUAGCCCUUCGGGGCGUUUUCUAUA